UUUCGUCUGUCGCUUGACAGACCGGUGUUGAAGAAUAAAAUUCGCGUUUAUUCUUCUUCGCCCAGUUUUGAGGACCUAAAUUUGUGUUAAUGAAGUGAUUAGUGAUAUUACAACAUGGCUCGAUACGGUCAGAGACCGGAAAAUGCCCUCAAACGGGCCAAUGAGUUUAUGGACCUGGACAAGCCGGCCCGGGCCCUGGACACCUUGCAGGAGGUGUUCCGUAAUAAGAAAUGGGCUUAUAACUGGUCUGAGUCGGUCCUGGAGCCGAUUAUGUUCAAGUACUUGGAGCUUUGCGUGGACCUUCGCAAGUCGCACAUCGCUAAGGAAGGCUUGUUCCAGUACAGGAAUAUGUUCCAGUCUGUGAAUGUUGGAUCGCUGGAACAGGUCAUAAGGGGCUAUCUCCGAAUGGCAGAGGAAAGAACAGAGGCUGCUCGAGCGCAGUCCACACAAGCAGUCAUUGACACUGAUGACCUUGACAACCUGGCUACUCCUGAGAGCAUCCUGCUGAGUGCUGUGUCUGGUGAAGAUGCACAGGAUCGCUCCGACAGGACCAUCCUUACACCAUGGGUUAAGUUCCUCUGGGAGUCGUACUGCCAGUGCUUGGAGCUGCUGCGUACCAAUGCGCAUGUGGAGACUCUAUACCACGACAUUGCUCGCAUGGCCUUCCAAUUCUGCCUCAAGUACUCCCGCAAGACCGAGUUUCGCAAGCUCUGUGACAAGCUGAGGAAGCAUUUGGAGGAUAUCUGCAAGCCUACUGUACAAACCGGCAAUGUGAGCAUCUCAAAGCCGGAGACCCAGCAGCUCAACUUGGAGACUCGUCUGUUCCAGCUAGACAGCGCCAUACAGAUGGAAUUGUGGCAAGAAGCCUACAAAGCUAUCGAGGACAUCCACAAUCUGAUGAACAUGUCAAAGAAGACUCCUGUAGCCAAGACCAUGGCCAAUUACUACGGCAAGCUGGCGCUGGUCUUCUGGAAGGCCGGCCACUGCCUGUUCCACGCCGCUGCUCUGCUGAAGCUCUUCCAGCUGUCGCGGGAGAUGAAGAAGAACAUCACACAGGAGGAGCUGCAGAAGAUGGCGUGCCGCGUGCUGGUAGCCGUGCUGUCGGUGCCGCUGCCGUCGCAGCACCCCGAGUUCGACCGCUUCGUGGAGACCGACAAGAGUCCCAUGGAGAAGGCGCAACGCUUGGCCGUGCUGCUCGGCCUGGCCCAGCCGCCGACCCGGGCUAACUUGCUAAAAGAUGUGGUCCGGUUAAACGUGGUGGGUCUGGCGUCGCCGCAGCUGCAACAGCUGUACGCGUGGAUGGAGGUAGAGUUCGACCCGCUGUCCAUCUGCCACAACGUCAAGAAUGUGGUCACGCAGCUACAGGAAGAACCUAACUUAGGCCAGUACUGCAGCGCGCUCACGGACGUGGCCCUCGUGCGGCUCAUCCGCCAGACAGCUCAAUGCUACGCGUGCAUCCAGUUCUCCAGGCUCCUCGAGCUGGCCGGCAGCGACGAUCUGUUCCACCUGGAGCGGCUGCUGGUGGACUGCGUGCGUCACAACGACAUGCAGAUCCGAGUGGACCACGCCAACAAAUGCGUUCACUUCGGUGUCGAGGCUGGCGGCGGCGAGUGGUGCUCGGCCGCUGACGAGGCGUGUGGUGGCGCCAUCCUGCAGGCCACGCCCGCUGAACAGGUCCGCGAGCAGCUGGUACGCGCGGCCGAGGUGCUGUCCCGCGCCGUGCACACGCUGUUCCCCGCGCGGCGCCGGGCCGAGCGCGAGCGCGCGCGGCACCACAUGGUGCAGCACUACCACGAGAACAAGCACGCCGAGCACCACCGCGUGCUGCAGCGACACAAGAUCAUCGAGGAGCGCAAGGAGUACAUCGAGCGGCUCAACACCGUGCGCGAGGAGGAGGAGCUACGCCGUCAAGAGGAGCAGCUCCGCGCCGCCGCGGCCGCCGAGGCGCGCCGCCAGGAGCAGGAACGCGAGGAGCGGGAGAAGCGGCGCCACGCCUCCGAGCUGGCCGCCAUGAGGGAGAGGCACCUCCGCGAGCGGAUGGCGCUCAUCUCGCAGACCAACGUCGGCAAGAAGGUGCUGCAGAAGCUGGAUGAGGAGGAUCUUAAGAAGAUGGACGCAGAGGCCAUCGCGCAGCGCGAAGCUGAGGAGCUGAUGAAGGAGCGCCGUGAACUGCAAGCUCGUCUCAAGAGCCAGGAGAAAAAGGUGGAUUACUUCGAGCGUGCCAAGCGCCUGGAGGAGAUCCCCCUGCUGCAGAAGAGUCUGGAAGAGAAGCAGGUGCAGGACAAGGCAUUCUGGGAGCAACAGGAGAAGGAACGCAUUCAGCAACUCAUUGAGGCCCGCGAGCGCGACGUGGCGACGGCGGAGCGGCUGUCGCGCAUGACGGCGCAGCGGGACGAGUUCAUGGCGCGCCUGCGCACGGAGCGCGGCGCCGCCUACACGCAGCGGCUCAGCGCCUUCAAGGACAAGCUGGCCGCCGAGAGGGACAAGCGCCGCGCCGAGCGACGCAAGCAGCGCAUCGAGAAGCGCCGCCAGGAGUGGCUGGAAGAGAAGCGCCGCGCAGAGGAACGCGCCGCGGAGGAGGCGCGACGCAUCAAGGAGGAAGAGGAACGGCUAGCGAGAGAGGAGAAGGAGAGGCAGCGGGCCGAGGAGCUGGCCGCGCUGCGCGAGCGCAAGGAAAGGGAGGAGAAGGAACACCAAGAGAUGUUAGCCCGCGCCGAAGCCAAGGCGCGCGCUAAGGAGGCGGAGAUACAACGCAAACUUGAGGAGCAGAAGGUGACGGUGUCCAGCAGCUGGCGCCGCGGGGACCCGCGGCCCGCCGGCGGGGACGAGAACGCCUGGAGGGGCAAGGGGGCGCCCGAGAGAGAGCCCCGGGACACCAGGGAGCCUGAGCGACGACCCACCGAGCCGUGGAGGCCUUCGCGCCUCCGCGAGCCGCCGCGUGACGAGCGCAUCCGUUCCCCGGAGCGCCGAGCCGAGCGCCCGCCCGCCCGGGACGAGCGUCCGCCCGCCAGGGACGACAGGCCACCGCCUAGGGAUGACAGACGCGACGACCGCUCCCGCGAGGACAGGUCUCGCGACGAAGGUCGCCGCGAAGACCAUCCGCGCGAGGAGAGGCCGCGCGAAGACCGCUCGCGGGACGCGCCUCGCGAAGAUCGCCCGCCGCGGGAUGACAGGCCGCGGGAUGACAGACAUGACAGACAGAGGGAUGAAGGUGGAUGGCGCUCCAGCGCCCGUGCCGAGCCCGAUCGCGACAGGCCUCGCUACGGCGGUCGCUCCAGCGGCCCCGAGAGCGGCAGCUGGCGUCGUGGGCCCGCCGAGCCACCCCCAGCGCCUACCGAGCGUUCAUCAGCGUGGCGUACAAAAGAGCCCCCGGCGCGUGAUGACCGGCGCGACGAUCGCGGCCGGGAUGACCGUGGCCGGGACGACCGGCGCGACGGCGGCGGCCGCGACGACCGCUACCGCGACGCGCCGCGCCGGGAUGACCGCGACCGCUUCCCGCGCAGGGACGAGCGCGACGCACCGCCCAGGAGGGACGACCGCGAGCCCCCGCGUCGCGACGACCGUGACCGCCGCGACGACCGCGGCCGCGAGGACCGCCGCCCGCCGCCACGCCGCGAUGAGAAACCUCGCGACCCCGACGGUGACGACUGGCAGCCCGUUACUCGGCGCUAGGAGGGCCCUUACAACAACACUAACACUCUGGUGCCCUCACAUUAUACCCUACAUUGUAUCAUUCUAACGCUAUUAUAUCAUUCGUGCUCUGUGCCUGUUGAUUUGCAGAGAUGCAUUGCGACGCACUAUACCAAUUACCAUUAAAAAAUCCUUAAUUUACCUUUCUAAGUAGGCAGAGCGCUAAGCACUUGAUAUUACCCAUGCACUUUUGUUUGAAUAAUUUUCUUCAAAUAACAGUGCCAAAUAUGUGUAACGAACAAAGCUCUUACCUUCUAAAUGCGGUAGAACCAUUGAUACAUUAAGUAUUAUUCGACUGAUUCAAAUUGCGUGAUAAACUCACCACUUAACUUUGGUAUAGCGGUACAAUGCAUUUCGCGUUAUAAUACUGUCAAUAGCGACGUAGACUAACCAAUAUCAGCAUAUACAUUUAUUUUAACGCGCAUUUGUACACAGCGUUCUCAUUCUAUGCUAUUCGGAGUAAGGGGCUUAAUUAUUUUUUUAUUUCAUUUAUGCAUACAGUUAUUUUGACUUUUUUGUACUCUUUUAACUUUGUACUCUAUGGCCCAUUGAUUCUCAUAAUACCACUGAAUACAGGCGUUGUCUAUGGGAUGAUUUGCCCUGAAUCUCCACGCUUGGCAGGCGGAAUGGUUGUCACGAAAGCAGGUCUUUUGCACUACGGUACAGAAGAAAGAAGUUGGAAAGGCCCUAACGCGCCCCUAAAUUUUGUAUGAAAACGUCUGUCGCCGGUUCGACCCCACUCUCUUUUACUACUACUCCUGCAAACAGAUAACAAUAGCUCUACUGCUUCUCAAAUUCUAUAGCCACUUUACAGGCAAUGUAGUGGUAGGCUACAACUUUAUCAUUACUUUUCGUAAGAUACUGCAUACAAAAGGUUUUUUUUGUUUAAUAGCCGAUCAUGUGAUAAGGAGGGAUCUCAUUGCAUGAUAGUCGUCGAUAUUUGACAUCUCACCCUGCAGAUUAUAAUGCAUAAGACGACCUUUUUAAUAUAAUUUCUCGGAGCUCCUUACGUCGUAAUGUUUGCGACCUAGUCGAGUGCAAAGUUGAAGUAUGAACUAUUUGCUCAUACUUUUUCACUUGGCCCUUCCAACCUCUUUCUUCUAUUCCGUCUUACACCAAUCCAUAACACUAAUAUUUUGCAUUUCUACCCGUUAAUGUAAUAUUACCAUCGUUACUCAUGUAGGCUUUUAUGUAGCUAUAAAUAGUAUACCAUUUAUAUAGCUAAAGUGCAACAUAACUAAAUAACAAUUGUAGUAAAAUCUCGCUUUAUUGUUAAAAUGUUACUCAGUCUGCCUAGUUAAUACAGAAUGCUGGAUGCCUAUAUGAAAUAAGUUGUAGUUAGUUUCUUAUGAUUCUAUAUGCCAAUAAAUGAUUGAAUCGGGAAA